AUGGUUCUGGAACUAAAACAACCGAGUCCCUCGAACGCGGACCUCGCGUCCACCGUCGACACCCCCGCAAUCGUGCGCGGCGUGAUCAACGACAUUCGCGCAAAUGGAGACCAGGCCGUGAGGGAGUAUUCGGAGAAAUUCGACCAAUGGAGCCCAACGAGCUUCAAGCUCAGCCAGGAAGAGAUCCAAGAGAUUAUCUUGGCGGUCCCGAAGCAGAUCAUCGAGGAUAUCAAGCAGGUGCAGGACAAUGUGCGUACCUUUGCCCUGGCACAAAGAGGCUCGUUGAAGGACUUUGAGGUGGAAAUUCGACCGGGUGUGCAUUUGGGACAAAAGAAUGUUCCCAUCAACUCGGUUGGCGCAUACAUCCCCGGCGGUCGUUACCCCCUCCUCGCCUCGAGCCAUAUGACAAUUCUGACAGCAAAGUGCGCUGGCGUCCCUCACGUCACGGCAUGCACCCCGCCCAUUGCAGGCAAGAUCCCUGCCAACACCGUCGCCGCCAUGUACCUGGCCGGUGCAGACGACAUCUACAUUCUGGGAGGUGUCCAGGCCGUCGCAGCCAUGGCGAUCGGCACCGAGACCAUGAAAAAGGUCGACUUCAUCGCCGGACCAGGCAAUGCCUUCGUAGCCGAAGCGAAACGACAGCUCUUCGGCGAGGAAAUCGGCAUCGACCUUCCAGCUGGCCCAACUGAGAUCCUCAUCGUCGCCGACGAGCACGCAGACCCAUUCACGCUGGCCACCGACCUCCUUUCGCAAGCCGAGCACGGUCCUGACUCCCCCGCGGUCCUCAUCACCAACUCCAAGUCUGUCGGCGAGAGGACCAUCGCAGAAGUCGACCGUCUACUCAAAAUCCUCCCUACAGCCGAUAUCGCCGGGGUCUCUUGGGCCCGACUGGGCGAAGUCAACAUCGUGGACAACCUCGACGAGGCAUAUGCCCUCGCAGACAAAUACGCCUACGAGCACGUCCAGAUCCUCACACAAAAGCCCCGCGAAGCCCUUGAGAAAAUGUCCAACUACGGCGCUCUCUUCCUCGGUGAGAAAACAUGCGUCUCAUAUGGCGACAAGUGCAUCGGAACGAACCAUGUUCUCCCGACUCGCGGUGCUGCACGGUAUACCGGUGGAUUGUGGGUGGGCAAGUUCCUCAAAACUGUCACUUAUCAAGAGGUGACUUCUGCACAGGAAAGCGGCGAACUCGGCCGUCUCUGUGGACGAGCAGCGCGCGCGGAGAAUUUCGAAGGACACGCCCGGUCUGGCGAUGCUCGGGCGCAUCAGUAUCUCGGAGACUCGUUUGAGUGGAUUUAA